GGCUAUUGACCUUAGCAAGCGCACUCUUUUGGCCUUAGCUGGGAUUUGGGGGAUUUUGUGUGCAAAAUAGCGGUAGGACUUUAAUUAGUCCAGAACUUUGUAAAGUCGAACGUACACUUAAUAACCAAAGUAUUUUUGAAACAUUCACAGUUGCUUGUAAAGCGACCAUUGACUCCGUUUUUUGAAAGCACUGAGAAAUAACACGUUUUCUUAUGCUAUGCUAACCUUUGUAUAGCUCGAAGGGUUUCGGGGAUUAGUAGCUAACUAUAGCUGUUGCUAAUCUGUUAGAGCAUACAGUGUUUGGUGUCGUAGCGCAUUGAUUUAAUCGCUUUGUUGUGUUUUAAUUUGAUCUUUGUACAUAUAUAUAUUUUUGUGUGGGAUAUUUUUGUAGUCGCCGAACUGCUGGCUACUUGCUAGCUAGCUAGCUAUCGCUAGCCCCUUUCACACUCGAGCGGCGUGUUGGAGCUGCAGGGAAAAUGUCAGAUUUUGACGAAUUCGAGAGACAGCUGACCGAAAACAAACAAGCGGACAGAGAUAAGGAGAACAAGCAUCACCGACGCAGCAGCUCCCGGAGUCGGAGCCGGGACCGAGACCGGAAGAGGAGGAGCAGGGACAGAGAGAGGAGAAGCAGCCGAGAUCGCCAUGGUGACAGCAAGGACCGCAGACACAGACGGAGUCGUUCCCCGCACCGUGAGAAGAAGAAGGCCAAGGUGAAAAAGUACUGGGACGUACCGCCACCCGGCUUCGAGCACAUCACACCCAUGCAGUACAAAGCAAUGCAGGCUGCCGGUCAGAUCCCCGCCACUGCCCUGCUCCCUACGAUGACUCCCGAAGGGUUGGCCGUGACCCCCACUCCUGUCCCCGUCGUGGGCAGCCAGAUGACUCGCCAGGCCCGGAGACUCUACGUGGGCAACAUACCUUUCGGCAUCACGGAGGAGUCCAUGAUGGACUUCUUCAAUGCCCAGAUGCGACUGGGUGGCCUGACUCAGGCUCCAGGAAACCCGGUCCUUGCUGUGCAGAUCAACCAGGACAAGAACUUUGCAUUCCUGGAGUUCCGCUCCGUGGAUGAGACGACACAGGCCAUGGCAUUCGAUGGCAUCAUCUUCCAGGGGCAGAGCCUAAAGAUCCGUCGACCCCACGACUACCAGCCCCUGCCAGGCAUGAGUGAGAACCCCAGCGUCUAUGUUCCAGGCGUCGUGUCCACAGUGGUGCCUGAUUCGGCUCAUAAGCUCUUCAUCGGUGGCCUGCCCAAUUACCUCAACGACGACCAGGUGAAGGAGCUGUUGACAUCGUUUGGCCCCCUAAAAGCCUUUAACCUGGUGAAGGACAGUGCCACUGGUCUCUCUAAGGGCUAUGCCUUCUGCGAAUACGUCGACGUCAACAUCAGCGACCAGGCCAUCGCUGGCCUCAACGGCAUGCAGCUGGGGGACAAGAAGCUCCUUGUUCAGAGAGCCAGCGUUGGAUCCAAGAACACCUCACUGACUGGCAUCAACCAGACCCCGGUGACGCUGCAGGUGCCCGGCCUGAUGAACAGUUCCAUGAACCAGAUGGGCGGUAUCCCCACCGAGGUGCUGUGCCUCAUGAACAUGGUGUCUCCCGAGGAGCUGCUGGACGACGAGGAGUACGAGGAGAUCGUGGAGGACGUCCGUGACGAGUGCAGCAAGUACGGCCAGGUCAAGAGCAUCGAGAUCCCGCGCCCCGUCGACGGCGUCGAGGUGCCCGGCACUGGGAAGAUCUUUGUGGAGUUUAUGUCGGUGUUCGACUCACAGAAGGCCAUGCAAGGGUUAACAGGAAGAAAGUUUGCCAACAGAGUGGUGGUGACCAAAUACUGCGAUCCAGAUGCCUACCACCGCCGAGACUUCUGGUAGAGGAGGAGAGAAGCGUGUCAGAAAGAGAGAGAGAGAGAGAGAGAGAGAGAUGGAGUGUAUGGAAUUUACAGUCCCCUGUCCCUUUUGUGUGUUGGGUUUUUUUGUUUUGUUUUGUUUUUUUUAUAAAUCUAUCUAUCUAUCUAUCUAUCUUAGGGUUGUGAGAGGGAGUGAACAGUUUUUAGUGAAACCAGUAAUGCAUCUGGUGUCUGUGUGCUGCACACCUGUCACCAGUGGUGUUACUGGCCAUAUUGGCCGCACUGGCUAACAACUUUUUAAAUGUAACUCGCGUAAGACUUUGCGUAAGGUGUGGUACAGUGAGAAGAGGCACAUGUCUUUUGGGAAUUAAUUAGGCCUUGCAUCGAGAGUUAUCCUGAACAUUUGUACACAGAGACUUGAUGUGUUUUCACUCUCCAAUGGUUGUGAAGGUAGAGACUUCCUCUACAGGACACUGUAACUCUCUCACGCUGGGAGAGGCAGAGAGGGUCGAGGGCUAGUGAGGGGGGUUCCUGAGCUGAAGGAGAUGUGCUUUUGAACACAGCAACCAGAAAGCAGCCACAGGUUGUGAGAGGGGCAAGUAGCUGUUCACUACAAGUCUGAUGUCAAAAAGGUUUGUCGGGAUUGCAAUGUCUGAGGAGGGAAAAUGGCACAGUUACGGACCAUACAGUGACUUGCUUUCUCUGUACAUAAAAGAAGUUCAAUUCAAAAACAGGCUAGUACAAAAAAUCUAUCAGAAGUUUCUGUGUUCAUUUUCCCCCCUUCUUUCGACAUGUUGGCUCAGUCUUUCUCUCUCUCUCUCUCUCUCUCAUUUCUGCUUGUUCUAACAUUUCUUUUCUCUUGCAAGCCAUUUUGUCCUGACCCUAUCGAAUCAAAUUUGUACCCAGUGGAAAAAAAAAAAAGAACUUCUUCUUUUUUUUUUUUUUUUUUUUUUUUUGGUGGUUUUUUUUUUUGUUUUGUUUUUUGUUUUUUGUUUUUUAAUACAUUCUGUAACUAAAUGUCCACUGCUGUUUUUUAAAACUGUAAUAAGCUGAGCGAGUUGAUUUAAUACGGUGCGUUGUAUGAGGACCAGUAGAAUGAUUUGGCGUAAUAAAGUCAAAGCGUUCACACGUGUUUGUGCAUAACCCUCUCAUCUCGUCGUUCUGCGUGGCUAAGCCUCCGGCCAGCACUAACGGGCCGCCUCAGUGCCCUCGGUCCAUAUCGGCUCUAUACUGCUCACCGCGAGAUUGUAGUAUAGCUCUUCAUUUCAGA